AUGUCUCAGACUUUUGCAGCUGGCACGAGGUCUUCGCUUACCGAUGUCAAUGAAUUCAUGAAGCAUGAAUACGACUUCCUGAUCAUUGGUGGCGGCACUGCUGGCCUUGUCCUGGCGAACAGACUCAGCAAUGACCCUCGCUUCACUGUCGGCGUCCUGGAAGCAGGAGCAGAUCAUCUGGAUGACUCAGUGGUUGAUGCCCCCGCUAUGGCAAUAGCGAUGACCGGAGACGAAAAUUAUGACUGGCACUUUGUCACUUGCCCCCAGGGGCCCAAGGGGUUUCAAUGCCAUCUGCCACGGGGGAAAAUGCUCGGCGGAUCAAGUGGGAUCAAUUGGAUGGUCUAUACACGGCCUUCACGUCAGGACUUGGACGAUUGGGCUUCCCUAGUGGGAGAUCCGUCUUGGGCAGCCGCCAAUAUGCAGAAGUAUCUGUUGAGGCAUCAGACCCUGGAACUGCUGGACGACGCUCUUACCGAACGCACCGGCAUCGCCUGUCUUGCAGAGAACCACGGCCUUGACGGACCUAUCCAUACUAGCUUCAACACCUUGCCUCUGAUGCCUCUCGAGGAAGCUGUAUACUAUGCUGGCAUCAAAGCUAGCGGCCUUCAUGCCCCGUUGGUCGAUCCCUGGGCUGGGGACCACCUCGGAUUUUAUCGCAGCCUGGGCACCGUAUAUCGCUCGGGAUUGAACAAAGGUAAGAGGAGUUAUGCUGCCAGGUCGUACCUGGAACCGGUGCUUGACCGCCCGAAUCUGCAUGUUCUUUGCAACGCCCAUGUGACCAAGAUACAGCUGCACGGAAACCGGGCCGUGGGUGCAGAAUUUGACCAUCGGGCAAAGCACUACAACGUCAGAGCCAAGCGAGAAGUGCUUCUUUGUGCCGGUGCUCUGUCGUCUCCGCACCUUCUCCAGCUCUCAGGGAUAGGAAAUCGCGAGUUGCUCGAAAGAGCCGGCAUCGAGUGUCAGGUCGAGUCGCCGCAGGUUGGUGAGAAUUUGCAGGAUCACCCAGCCAUGGUUGUUUCCUAUGAACUGAAGCGAGGGGUCCUCUCUGCGGACGUGAUGAAAGAUGAAAAGAUCCAGCACGCGGCUCUGGAGGAGUAUCGCAUGCAUGGGACCGGCCCUUUGGCGAGCAUUAGCAGCAUCCAAGGCUUCGCUCCUGUCCUGCCAUGGCUGAAUGACGAUGACAUCGACGAGAUCAAUCAGAGUGUCGAGUCACAAUCGGGAAUGUCUUCAUUCCAAAAGGCCCAGCAGCAGCAUGUUCUCCAGCAGAUCAAGAACGCUCAGUCGGCGUUUAUCCAUGUAUCGCCAGCACCCGUCACUGUGGACUGCGAUCCGGAAGGAGGAUAUGCAGACCAGUCGAAGGUAUUCGUCAAGACGCUCCCAGAAGGAGCGCCGCACGGAUUUGGGUUCGCUGUUGGCUUGCAAUACACUUUUGCACGAGGCUGGGUUCAUGCCGUAUCCAACGAUCCAUACGCCCAGCCCCAAAUCAACCAAAACAUGCUCGGGCACCCAGCCGAUGUCGUCACGGCGUCUGCUGCUCUAGCAUUUAUCCAGAGCCUUGUUGACACCCCGCCGUUGAAGGAUUUGAUCGCCCGACGCACGUACCCUCGUGAAGCGGACUAUGAUCUCCACAAGCAGGAAGAUCGGCGCGAGCAUGCCAAGGGGGUCUGGGCGUCCCAGUACCAUCUCUGUGGGAGCUGUGCAAUGGGCGAAGUGGUGGACACGAGGCUCAGGUUCAAAGGCGUCGACGGCCUGAGGGUCGUGGAUGCGAGCAUUUUCCCGAAUCAUGUCUCUGGCAACAUCCAGAGUAGCGUGUACAUGGUCGCGGAGAAGGCGGCGGAUAUGAUUCUGGAAGAAAGCCCGGAUUGA